CAAAAAUGCACUUAACAUGAACGCGCGAGAACGCGCUCUACGUGCUACUUACGAGUCGCUGUCCAUUCGCGAAGUGCUGAAAUUUAACCUUAUAUGGAAUCGUAUUCUGAACGUUUACCCUAAUAAUUGUCAUCUGUUUUGGAUUACCAAUCAAGACAAUCAAGUCUAUAUAAAGCACCUACAUACAGGCGGAGACACUGACAAAAUGGCUGAAAAUAGAGAAAAACAAAGAUGUGAUUUUUACCAGAUUUAAAGGACACCAUACUAAUAAAGAAAAACAAAACAUAUGGGAGGACAUUGCUACCAAACUAACUGCAACCAGGGGUGUUCAAAGGUCAGGGAAGGAGGUCCGCAAGAAGUGGCAGGAUUUUGCAAGCCUGGCAAAAAGGAAGAGGGCACUGCAGAGGACUGCAAUUAAAAAAACAGGUGGUGGGACCAAUGAGUCCCCCCUUCUUCCCAGCCGAGGAAGAAAAGGCAUUGUCAAUACUUGGCACAAGUGCUUCAGAUGGAAUUAGUGGUGGUACUGACAUCCAUGGAGGAGUAGGGAUAACUCAACCUGAACCUGAGUCAGGUCCUUCAUGCUCAGAGGAACCAUUAGUUUCAUCUGCCAUCUCCGAGCAUCUACCAUCUCCUAGUCCUCCAAAAAACCCUCCCAGGACACAGCCUCCAUCUUCAGUGGUCCAGACUGCAGCCACAACAACUCAGCAGUUUGAGAAUGUCUGUAGCUGUAGUCAGGACCUAGUGCAGCUGGAGAGAGAGAAACUAGAUGUCUUGAAAGACAUUAGGCAAUGCCUUCAAGAAGCCAAUGAGAGAGAUAACAACUUCCAACAGCAGCUCAUUGAGCUCAAGAAGGCCAAACUGGCCUUAGAAGAGAGGAGGGUUGCACUAGAGGAGAUGAGUUUUGCAAGGCCCUCAAAUUCUGUGCCAAUUAUCUUGCCAGAAGACACAGGGAGGAAGAUGAAGAGGUGGAGGAGGAGGAUGUGGAGGACGAAGAUGGCAUGGGACCACAUGGCCAACCAAGAAAUGCCCAAUACAUGGCUGAUUUUCCUGCACGUCAGCAAGUCAUUGACAGAUUUUUUUGAAUUCAUUCCUAUUUUGCCCAGUCCUUGAAGCAAA